UCCCGCUUGUGUGUAGGAUCCGUGGUGUAGGAUCAAGGUUAACCUAUGUAGUUUGAGAACAUACAUGUAUUGGUGUGUAUCCAGCCACUUCGAAGGGUACAUUUCAACUUAUUGCAAGCAUUGUCAGUGAUUCUCGGUAUUUUUACAUAAGUUACGGAAUAGUAAUAUGGAGGUCCAGUUGGACAGUUCUUUUAGAUUUCACCCAACGCUUCCACUGGACGCGGACCACUACCAGAAAUGUUACAAGGCUUUCUGUGGGGCUCUGAUCUGCUGCGCCACGACAAGCCGCAAGAGCCUUGGCACAGCGAUCGACAACAGGCUGCUGGGUGUUGGUGCGAUAUUGACGGACAAGUUAGGCAGAAGGAUGGAGGGGCAGCAACCGCCAAUUGAUGAGCCACUUCGCCACCUGGGCGUUGGUAGUGGUUCUGGCCGGAUUGAAGGACACCUACUCCAGGUUCUCCUCGGUACAUUCAAGCAGAUCUACAGCCGUGUUUUGGAACCGAGUGGCGAGUCAAUAGCCAGCUACCAGGCUUUGGUGCAAGCGGACCCUUCUCUCGCCGAGGGUGUCGAAUUCGACUGGCGACAACAGACGUUGGAGGCCUACCAAGCCAGUGACGACAAAGGGCGCGAUGUAAAGUUUGACGUCAUCACAUCCAUGCACUCCAUUUACUACGGUGGCCGCAUGGAGGACAAAGUGCCCUAUUUGUACAACCUGCUGACGGAGGGCGGAGUUCUGCUAUUCGAACUCAAAUCCGAGACCGACGACCUGUCCCAAGUGCAAAGGCAUUUCCUUUCUCCAGAUAUCCCUGGUUACCGCUACUACACCGCACAGAAACUGCAGUCGUUCCUGGAUGCCAGCGAUAUCAAGUACGACCGCGUGGACGGUCCCCGCUACCACAUCGACGUUACAGAGUGUUUCGACAACAGGUCGACAGAGGGCGCACUCAUUCUGGAUUUUCUGUCCCACAUGAGGCAGUUCCGGAAAGAGGUUCCGGUGGAGAGGCGGGAAAUGUUCCUGGGUCUUUUGCGCCAGAACGCGCGCCCUGUCGGGGACAGGCUCAUGCUGACCCACGACACAUCAGUAGUGACCGUCCAGCGAACAGCCGGUCAGGAAUUCAAGGAGUGAGGGGUUCGAUUCCUCCCCAAGUCAUUUCACGUUGGUGGGCAUUGUGUCGUUGUUUUCUUUAAGUCGAUGGGAUUAUAUGUUGAUGCUUAUUAGCCUUGAAUUUCUUAAUAGGGGUUUUACAUUUUACGAAUACUUUUAGGUAAAAUCCCCGUCAUCUUUCAAUUUUUUUUUCGAAUGCAUUUUCCAAGAAUCCGAUGAAUAGAGCCUGAAAGUAAAAUGUCUCGUUGCGAGCUUCUGGACCCCUUGCGUGGCCGGCGGGCCGCCCGCUUACGGGCAUUUUACAUUAGAUUGCCCUUUUCUCGCUUAAAUUUUGGACAAAAUGAUUUUAAGCCGUAAUCAGCCCCAAGAAACAUUCAAGUUGGAAUUUUGUCUCGGUAUUCCUAAAGAAAACAAAAUGAUGCGCUUGAAGAUAGAAAAACGAAGUUUAAUUACGAACUUCCACAUCUGGCAUUAUCGUUCCUAGGUCUCCUUGUUUGCUCCCGUUUGGUUUUACAUAGGGUACUUGCGUAAGAACUAAAAAUUUUAGUUCUUACGCAAGUUAAUGUAUAACGCGAAGAUUUACGUACCUACAGCCGAUGGGUUCUAGAUUUAGUUGGGCUGGUUUAAAUGCAGUCCUCAUCAGCAGUUUCAUCGUUUAACGAGAACACCGAGUACACCGAGUACCAGACUAUGGUAUUCGAGUCUGCCGAAUUCCACUAGUCCACAUGUAUUUUAGAUUUUCGGAAACGAAAGGUCACAUUUUGGCACGAUAUUUCUCUAUCACGUCAUGCGAGAUUUCAGUUUCCAUCAAUGGAGAUGGCUAGUAACAAUUUUACAAAGGCCUUUUUCGAGGGUGAUUUUCUUGAGGAACCAAUACACCAAGCAAAUUUGCAAAUUCUGGAAAUUUCGCACGUUAGUUUUCCUGUUCAAGGGGUCUUAAAUAUAAGUCACAAAAAUAAGAGGGGCACUUAGUGCAAAUGUUUCAUGAGUACUGCUUAAAUAUUAACUCUCGUCAUAUUUAAAUGGGGUGUUUUGAUGCAUGACUGAAGUCAUUCAGUGAAUACUACCCCUGUAUACGCGAAAGGGGUGCAUUAUUCAG